AUGUCCUCCGUUGCUCGCUCCGUCCGCCCCUUUGCUUCCCGGGUCCUUGCCCAGAAGCCUCUGGCCUCUACCUGCCGCGCUGCACCUGCUUUCCGCUUCCCGCGGGGAACCCGGACCUUCUCCCAGAGCCCUCUGUCUCAGCUGAAGAAGUACACCGAGUCGCACGAAUGGAUUGAGCUCGCUGACGGCGGAAACACUGCCAAGAUCGGCAUCACCGAGUACGCCGCUCACUCCCUGGGCGACGUCGUCUUCGUUGAGCUCCCCGAGGCCGACCUCGAGGUUGGUGCUGGUGAGCCCGUCGGUGCCGUCGAGUCCGUCAAGUCCGCCUCCGAUGUGCUCUCCCCCGUCGCCGGCAAGGUGAUCCGCGGCAACGAGAUCCUGGAGGACAACGCUAAGACCAUCAACGCCAGCCCCGAGGGCGAGGGCUGGAUUGCCGAGAUUGAGGUUGCCAAUGCCGCUGAGCUCGAGGCUCUUUUGGACGAGGCUGCCUACAAGGCGACCAUUGAUGCUUAA